CACUACGGUGGGUCACGUGAUCUCUCAGUGGAGCCUGCUGCCUGUCAGAGAAAGAGCCGCUGAGGCUUCAUCUAGUCGAGUGCUGGUCGUCUGUGGAGUGGAGAGAGCGAGCCGCACAAUAACAAUCAUGGCAAACACAACAGCAGAAGCCGAAACCCGUCAGAGACUCCUGCGAAACGUGAAGAAGGAGGUCAAGCAGAUCAUGGAGGAAGCAGUCACAAGGAAGUUUGUUCAUGAAGACAGCAGCCAUAUCGUCUCGUUCUGCGCUGCCGUCGAAGCCUGUGUGCUUCAUGGAUUGAAGAGGAGAGCUGCUGGUUUCUUAAGAAGCAACAAAAUAGCGGCGCUGUUCACCAAAGUGGCCAAAAACUUCCCUCCGGCUGAAGAGCUGUGCAGAAAAGCCCAGGAACUGGAGCUGGUCUUUGAGAACAGGCGAAGUCAGUCCCUCUCAUACAGCGAGAGCACCCGGAAGAUGCCCAAAGUCCUGAACUUCUCUCCUCAGGCCGUCAGACACGUGUGGAUCCACGCCGCACUCAUUGAGAAAGUGCUGGACAAGAUUGUACUGUACCUGGUGGAAAACAGCAGUAAGUUUUAUGAAAAAGAGGCUAUCCUAAUGGACCCAGUUGAUGGCCCAAUCCUCGCUUCUUUGCUAGUGGGCCCCUGUGCGUUAGAGUACACUAAAAUGAAGACGGCAGAUCAUUUCUGGACAGAUCCUUCAGCUGACGAGUUGGUGCAAAGGCAUCGUAUUCAUAGUGGCCACUGCCGACAAGACUCGCCUACAAAGAGACCAGCCCUCUGCAUUCAGAAAAGGCACUCCAGUAGCAGUAUGGAUGAAAGGCCAUCUCCCUCCCCCUCAGCCAGAGACUACGUGGAGUCUCUUCAUCAGAAUUCCAGAGCGACCCUCCUGUUCGGCAAGAACAAUGUUCUGGUGCAGCCGAGGGAUGAUAUGGAAGCAGUCCCAGGAUACCUCUCUCUGCACCAGACGGCUGACUACAUGACUCUGAAAUGGACACCAAAUCAGCUAAUGAACGGCUCAGUGGGAGAUCUUGACUAUGAGAAGAGUGUUUACUGGGACUAUGCCAUGACCAUCCGCCUGGAGGAGAUUGUGUAUUUGCACUGUCAUCAGCAGGUGGACUGUGGGGGAACAGUGGUUCUGGUUAGUCAGGAUGGGAUUCAGAGACCUCCGCUGCGUUUUCCUCGUGGUGGUCAUCUUCUUCAGUUCCUCUCCUGUCUGGAAAAUGGUCUGCUGCCUCACGGCCAAUUAGACCCACCACUGUGGUCCCAAAGAGGAAAGGGUAAAGUAUUUCCUAAGCUAAAAAAGAGAUGUCCUCAAGGAUCGUCAGAGUCAGUCUCGGACAAAGAAGAGGAAGAAGCGACAGAUUAUGUCUUCCGCAUUGUUUUCCCAAACAGCCAGUCAGAAUUUGUGACUAUUACCCACUCUACUCAUCUGUCUCUGAACUCGAGGGCACUUUGGCCUCCUAAAUGCCAGACACUGGUGAUGCCAAAGCACCACCGCAGCAGCCCGGGAGAGUCUCCAUCCUCCCCUGAGCCCAGCUUGGCACCUGAAUUGAUAGAUCAGGGAGCAAACAUGUGGCACCCGACACCAAGGAAAUCAUCGUGCUCUUCCUGCUCGCAGAAUAGUUUCUCUGAUGGAGCACAGCCCAAUGGAUGCAACCAUGAAAGGACCCCUCUGAAGUUGCUGUGUGACAAUAUGAAGAACCAAAUCAUCUCCCGGGCUUUCUACGGAUGGCUGGCGUACUGUCGUCACCUGUCCACGGUUCGCACUCACCUGUCUGGGCUGGUCAAUCACACUAUUGUGGAGCCAGAUGUGCCCAGUGAUGCCUAUAGUGGCCUCACAACUGAAGUGUGGCAGAAGUUUCUUCAAGACUGCAGUACCUAUGAAGAAAAGGAGUUGCUGCGGCUAGUUUAUUUCGGUGGAGUUGAGCCUUCUUUACGGAAAGAGGUUUGGCCCUUCCUGUUGGGUCAUUACCAGUUUGGAAUGUCGGAGACUGAGAGAAAAGAGGUGGAUGAGCAGAUGCGAGCGUGCUAUGAACAGACUAUGAGUGAAUGGCUGGGUUGCGAAGCCAUUGUUAAGCAGAAAGAGAAAGAACAGCACGCCGUGGCAUUAGCCAAAUGUUCAUCUGGGGCAAGUAUGGACAGCACCACACAGAGAAUAAUGCACCGCGACUCCACUAUCAGUAAUGAGUCCUCGCAAAGCUGUAGUUCUGACAGGCAAAGAGAUUCCAGGCUUCAAAGCGACUCCAGUAGUGGCACACAGUUCAUCACUUCCCAAAAGCCCUUUCCCUGGAGUAGCUUGCUUCCCUUUGGUUUGUUUCUCCAGGUGUUUGAGUCUGUUGAAGAGGUCGAGCAAAUCGAGUCUGAGCCCAAGAACGAUGUUGGCAAACAGGUUUGCAAAAUCUCAAACGGAACCCCUCAAAAUGGCACCAGCUCUCCAGACUCCGGCCACCCCUCUUCCAGAAACUUCUCCGUCACCUCUGGUCAGUCGGACUCCUUGAGUACAGAGGACAGCGGAAUACAUGAGCCAAACCUUAAAAGUCAACCGCAACUAACAGCAUCAAAGGAAAAGGCUGCAUGCUGCGGAGAGGAAGGUAAGGAGACUGAGGAACGUGAGACCAAAAUGGUGAUGAAACAGGGGGUAAGAGAAGAUAAUAAAACUGAGGUUAACAAAGUGUUAUUAGAUGAAGUGGUUACACAGGAAAGCAAAAAGGCCACUGAGGACUCUGAAGUCAAGAUGGAUAUUUCAAAAACAGCCCGAGAUGCCUUUGUGGCUUCUACAGCAGAUCACAGCCAGGUGACCAAAAUGGAAGUGGGCGAAUCUCUGGAGAGGAGUUUGACAUCGGAAAAUGAUGCACUGACACGGCAUACUGAGCCAGAUAUUCCCAAAGCAACAGAGGUCAUGGAAUCGACUCCUCCAGAGCGGAAGAUGAAUGAGACUCGAGUAAGAGCGGACAUCGAAAGGCCCCACAAGGGAAUUAAAGAUAUUACAGCAAUCCGAGAGCAACCUUUGAUAGCAAAAGAUCUUAAGGUAUCAGAUGCACUCGAGCAGAAGGUUGUAGCUGACAUUCAAGUGUCUGUUUCAGAGGAUACAGAGAAAGAAGCAACAAAAACCAAUGAAACAAGCAAAGAUAAUGACUCUAAGACAUGGAUGGAUGAGGAGAACAAUGUUAGAGUGUUGAAACCAAUUGAUGAGAAGACCAGUGAUUUAGCCGAUGAAGCUGGUCCGACAGGAAAAAGAAAAGCAGAUAUGCAAAGGAAAGCUCCUGUGGUUGAGGAGACAGUCCCAUUGGUGCAUGAAGCUUUUAGCAAUAGAAAGAUGAGUGAAGCCCAAGAUGAAACCGAAUCAGACGAGUCUCCCUCUGCCAUCGAGAUGGAAGAGAUUCCUACGGCUAAAGUGUGGGAAAGGAAAAGUUCGCCCAAAAGAAGAACAACUGAGCAAGCAACUAUUCCUGCAUUGGAGCUCCGACUAGAGGAAGCUCAUGGAAAGCUCAGCUCUGAAGAAGUGAACCCUGAGAAGCCAGAGAUGGAAAGUCUCUGCCCACAACUAGAUUCACUGGCUGUAAACACAGAGAAGAUUGAAGCUUCCUCUCCGGUUUCCUCUAUAGGGACCACUUAUUCACAAGAGCUUUUGGACAUGUACACUCUAAAUCUGCAUCGCAUAGAUAAAGAUGUUCAGCGCUGUGACCGGAAUUAUUGGUACUUCACACCUGCUAACUUGGAGAAACUGCGCAACAUCAUGUGCAGUUAUGUUUGGCAGCACCUUGAAAUUGGAUAUGUCCAGGGCAUGUGUGACCUCCUCGCUCCCCUGCUAGUUAUUCUAGAUGACGAGGCCAUGGCUUUCAGUUGUUUCACUGAACUAAUGAAAAGGAUGAAUCAGAAUUUUCCUCAUGGAGGAGCGAUGGACACUCAUUUCGCCAACAUGAGAUCUCUGAUCCAGAUUCUAGACGCAGAGUUGUUUGAGCUGAUGCAUCAGAAUGGAGACUACACUCACUUCUACUUCUGCUAUCGCUGGUUUCUUCUUGACUUUAAAAGAGAGUUGGUGUAUGAUGAUGUGUUCGCUGUUUGGGAGACCAUCUGGGCUGCUAAGUGCGUUUCCUCCAGCCAUUUCGUGCUCUUUAUUGCUCUUUCGUUGGUGGAGAUCUACAGAGACAUCAUCCUGGAGAACAAUAUGGACUUCACCGACAUCAUCAAGUUUUUUAAUGAAAUGGCUGAGCAUCACAAUAUCAAGCAGAUCCUGACUCUGUCUCGAGACCUGGUGUGCAAAGUGCAGACACUUAUAGAGAACAAGUAGCUCUGAAACCUCUCGUGUUCACAGAUGUAUCCCAUCAGCCCUUACUGCAAAACAGGGAACAUUUGACCAAAUCAGUUUCAAGUAGGUAUAGUGAAACAUUUCCAAUGCCAACCAUCUCGAUCUACCUGCAGUCAGUCAGUGUGCAAUUAUUAAGAGUCGUUUGGCUCUUUGAUCAGGUUUUACAGUACAUUACAUUUUAUAAGUAGGUGCUGCUAAUGAGUGCUCAUCCACUGCAUGACACCGAGUUUGAUCUUGUUGUAAAUGCAGUCAGGAUUACUGGGGAUUUUGUAGGCUCCGUUUCAAAACCUAGUGAACUGCCUUGCUAUUUACUGCCUACAUUAACUGAAACAAAACCUCAUAAAAGACUAAGAUAAUGCGAUACUGAUACGUAGCUCACACAAAAAGUGGGUUAUAGAGUCUGUGUUAAAUCAGAUUCAACUUUUAGAUUAAUACACAAGUAUUUAUUGAUAUUUCUUGCAUUGCCUACCAUGAAAUUAUUAGACUGAGUCAUGUUGCAGUGCAUUCUGGGAUUGUUUUCUCCAUACAUGCAGUGCUGCCUUAGAAUCUGAACAGGAGGAACAUAUCAUAGAAGGCAGAAGUGUGCCUAUGGUGCCUUAAAAAAAGCUGCCUAUGUAGAGCUCACUAGGUUUUGAAACAGAAAAGAAGUUCGGAACAGGUGCAUUUUACUGCAAAAGCUGCCUUUUCACUAUCUCUGACAAGCAAAACACGGGCAAGAAGUCUUUCGUUUUGGAUUAGAUUUAGAGUUAUGCGACUGUCCAAUCAGAAAUGAUGUAUUUAAUCAAAACUUAUGAGCGCAAAGUUAACAUUACUUAAAUUUAAGCAGUAUUUCCCCUCAAACUUUAUCAUGAAAAUACUGUUUCUGUAAAAUGCUGGUUAUUAUAAAAGUGAGAGAAUUUUUAUGUGAGAAUUUGACGACAGGACCUUGAAUUAUUAGGAAUAUACCAUAUUAUUAGGAGUAUGAACCAUUCCAAUGUGGUCAUGUCACUGGCUCAUGAACAUUUACUGCUUGUUAUUAAACUAUUUCAUAACUGUAACAAGAGACAAUUGAAUCAAAAGUUGACGUUAAAACAGCUCUCAUAACAUUAUUUAUCAAUAUGUUUUUUGGAUUGUCGUAAGCAAUGGAAAUUAGAAAUGUAAAACGGGAAAUACGCUGGGACCAUUGUUAUUGUUUACAUCCAUCAAAUUGGUCUAUACCAGGAAUAACCAGGGUGUAUUUUCUAAUAAUUUACUGGCUCAAUUAUUCCACUGACACCUAUGGUUACCACUCCUAAAGACACUGUUAAAAACGUUGUAUUUCAAGACAUUUGUCAGCCUUUGUCCUCAAAGUGCUCCUGUGUAUAGGACUAGUUUCUUACACAUCUCAUUCAAAACCUUCUGUUUUGUUUUGAUUAGGGUUUUUGACAGUUUUUAAACCUUGAAAUGACUGAAAUCAUUCAGCAUAGUGACAUGAAACUGUAAUGCAGUGAAAACCUGACUGGAACAACUGUGUGUUUAUCUGAAAAAUAGGGGCUGUUAACAUAUGGCAUUUUUUGCAUUUAUUGCAAAUGCAGAUGCGUGGUAAGCAAGUUCCAAUAGAGAGUGAUGCUCUCUUUUUUUUCCAGGCAGCGAGUUAAGAACAUCUCAACUUUUCAGAAUGCCACUAGUGCACUGCACAUCAUGUGACAAGAACAAACCAAUCAGCUUUUCCUUUAUGUUUUAACUAAAAAAUGUGUAUAAUAAACACAGACUAAUUACCCCAAACAAACACAGAGCACGCAAACACAGCAGCACUUUUUUUCUUUUUACGUAAAUAAAGCAUGUAUCAGAGUUACAGCAAGGGUUUGUUAGUGGUGGCUCCUUGCACUAUAAAAAACUUUAAGUCAGUAUAACAACAAAAAACAUAACCCGUGUUUCCUUUCGCUUUUUCUUGUUCACUCAACCUUUGACAGCAUUAGCUGCACUGACCUAAAAUUAUUUGUCAGUUAGACAAAACAUAUUUAGUUGGGUUAACAUAAGAUUAUUAGUUUUCUGUAACAAAAAUUGUUGUGCCAAGAUUGUGUCAAGAGUGAACAAAAAAAACAAAAACAAACAUAGUUCAAUUGAAAAAAAAAACUAAAACAGAGACAAAUGCAAAACAAAACAUUUAGUAGACUCAGAAUUAGAAACAGGACAGGAGGUAAAAGAACAAUAAAUGUAAACAAGACAAUGAUCAAAACAUGGCAGGAUAAACAGGGAAACAUGCUUUGUAAUGCCUCACAUGUGAAGCAGGCCUUCCUGUUUUUUUAGUUAAACUAUGUUUGUUUGUUCUGAUAUUGUAUUAUUUUUUGUACCAAUUUCCAAAGGGUUUUUUUUCCCUCAACUUCAAACAUUUUAGGUCAGUGCAAUCGAUGUGUUUAAAAGUUGAGUACACGUCAGCGCCAAUGAUUUAGUGGUUAGUGUGUCGACACAUGGCACUCCGGUGUUCAUUUAGACCUGAGUUCGAUUCCCACCUCGAGGUCCUAUGCCAAUCCUUCAACUCUCUCCUCUGUUCACGCUUUCCUGUCUAUACUCUCUACUGUCCUAUCAAUUAAAGGUGAAAAAAGUGUUGCGUACAUGAGAAAAAACGAAAGGAAAUGCUGAAAAAAAAGGUUUCACUCAAUUUCAUGCAUUCCAGUUCUGCAGACUAAAAACUUUCAGAUGGCACUGCUUAAAAAGUUUUGUUACAGAGUAGUUCACAUCUCCAGAAAACUUAUAUACUUCUGUUAACCCAGCUAAAUGUUUUUUGUAUUACUGACAAAUAAUUUUAGGUCAGUGCAGCUGAUGUUUUCAAAAGUUGAGUGAACAAGAAAAAGCAAAAGGAAAGGACUACUGACUGAUUUGUUUACAGUGUGGAGAAGCCAACUGAUGGCGGGUGAGCAACAGCAGAUGCCACAGGAGCACUAGUUCAGUUUGGUAGAGGAAACUGUAGAUUUUCCAUGUAGUUCCAUGUAGAGGUAUUAUUUACAUAGAGUUUUGAUAUGAUAUGUGAAUGACUCUGUGGAAAGUUCACCAGCCAAUCGGAAUCAAGCAUUUAACAGCCCCAUAGUAAAAGUAGGGGUUGUUCUCAGAGAAUAAAGCUCUGCAUUCUUAUUCACAUAGGGCUCCUGUAUAAGCCCUAUAUUCAUCCUGUAAAAACAACUGGCUAGAUGUACAUUAUCCUGAUAAUUACACAACGACUUGCCAAUGAAAUAAACAAAUAGACAAAAAAAUGAAGAUCUAAGCUGCUAUAAUUUACUAACUCUUUAUUAAAAUGUAAUGCUUGCCAAAAGAUGGUGCCAAACAGUCAAGAAUAAUGAUGUGACUGAUAAGCAUGUAUAUGAAUAUAGUCACUUACAGUCAAGAUCAAAGGUGUCCAAAGUAAGGUCUGCGGGCUAAAGUUGUCACAUGGUAAUUUUUAAUUUGGCCAUCCCAUCAUGAAAGAGAGGGAGAAUGAUGGGGAGUUGGUUGGGUCAAAUGCCUUUGACAGAGAUCAUCAUUUUGAAUUUAGCAUAAUCUUUUGUUUCUUUGUUUAACUGAGGAGCUUCAAAAAAGCCAACUAAAAUAAAUGUUUCAUUUAAAUAAUGUAAAUAAGAGAGACUUUUAAAAUGUAAAUGCUGUCAGAUAGAAGACAAUUCACAAGACAUUGGUAAGCAAAUCAAGGCAAAGGCAGGAGCAGGUCGACUAGUUUACUCAGCAUUAAACUCCAUUGUGUUAUAAAUGGAAUUGUUUAUGUUUUUUUUAUUGUAAUAAAUUUAUUGUAAAACUGUAAAAAUUAUACCACAUCAUUAAUUAAUAUGUUUUAAAGCAACAUUUCUAGUUAAUUUUAAAUAUUAGAAAAUGGACUAGGAAAUUAUCCAUGGCAAAUUUAAAUGUAAUACGGCUUGGUAUAUUUAACUUCAGCCCACAGCCCUCAAUCAAGUUUGGUUUUUAGCCCUUUAUAAAAAAAUAGUUUGGGCACCCCUGGUCAAGAUGAUUCAAAGUACCGAGAUUGACCUGUGUUAUUAAUUUAACCAAUUGAUGGAAUGUCAUGAUUCACCAAUCAGGAGCAAAUGUAAUAAAUCAGAGAGCCAUAUAAUAAAGUCAUUUAAUAGUUAUUUAAAUUACUUGGCCUGAUAAAUUCUACUGUUUUUAUUUUUGACAUGUAUUGGCUGUUAUUUUAUUUUUGUGUGGAUAUAUUCACACAUUCAUUUAUAUUCAUUAUAAUCGCUGAUUUCAAAGUACCCGGUGAUUGCCACCAGGGUGUGAAAUGUGACAGUCGUGUGUAAAUGUUGCAGAUGGUGGAAAGGUGGCUUAAGAGGCGGUCACACUAGAUUUCAUGCUCAGUUCACUUUCAAUUUUACACAUGAAGAAGAGCAAGUGCACACUUCAACUCUUGGGUGACUGAAUUUUUUUUUUCAGGAAAUAAGUUCAUUGUUCAGGCUGCAUUUAAUUGAUCAGAAAGACACCACAGACAGAAAUAUUACAAAAUAUGAUCAUAAAGUGUCUGUUUUCUUUUUUGAACAUCUUUUAUUCCUGUGAUGGCAAAGAUGAAUUUUCAGCAUGUCUUCAGUAUCACAUGAUUCUUCAGAAAUAAUUUGAUUAUGCUGAAUAUUAUCAGCGCUGCUUACUAUUUUUGUGGGAAAUGUGACUAUUUUUUCAGAAGUUCAAGAGAACAGUAUUUAUUUCAAAUAGAAAUCUUUUUAAUACAUUAUAAAAACUUUACUGUCACUGAAUUUAGUGCGCUAAUCUUAAAUACAACAAUCAAUGUAUUCAUUUCUUUUUAAAUAACACCUACCCCAAACUUUUGAAUGUUAGUGAACAUUAAUCUAAAUGUCAUCUUGCGCUAAAAACAAACUGAGAGAAGCUGUUUGGUUUUUAAUGCUGAUAGAUGAUAUAUUUAUUCAUCGUUUAUUAAAACACUGGCCCUAGAGCAUUACAUGUCCUGUUACAGAUACAUGUUGUGGCAUAUGUAAGUUUGCAUGCUUCAAAUGUAGUGUGACCGCAAUCUUAAAGCUCUCGUAGGACCUGCAGGCUUUGUUAGUAUUCCAAUGUGCCACUUUUAAUAAACGAUCCAGAUUCUAAAGUGUAAAACUGUAGCAGUAGGGGGCGCUGUGCUUUUCAGACUUCUGCAUGUGUUUCUGUAAGCCGCUUAUAUUUCCGAGUCGGUGUCUUAACUGUGAGCCGUUUCACUAAAAUCAGAUCAGGUCUUUGUGUAUUGCGCAGUAUAUUAGUGGACAAUACCAAUAAAUGCCUCUAGCUAUUAGAUAAUGACUUGAAAAAUCAUGUCAGUAGAUAGUUUUUUUCCCCAUUUUGUUUCACAGACUUGAUGAAUGAUUUGGGAUUUCUGUAAUGUUUGUGUUCCAGUUAACCGGUGUCAUGUUUUCAGUCACUUUAUGAAAAUCUGCCAUUAAAGUUACUGAUUUUAUAGA